CACACACACACACACACACACACGAGUCUGACAGCAUGGCCACCGAACAGUCGGUACUCGCCGUCUUACGGGCGGCGCGGCCUUCAUUCCGUCACAAAUUCGACAAAGUUGCCUUCGCCGUGCACGCCGCCUUUGUCGCCGCCGGCUAUGCCCUUCACGCCACCGGCCCUUCCGCCUUCGCCGACGAAGCCCUCUCCUCCUCAGCCACCGAUGAAGUUGGGAUAGAAAAUUGGAACGACGUCGAGGACAACUAUGCGUUCGUUUACUCAAAUCCGGAAAAGGGCUCCAAGAAGGUUUUGGUUAAGUGUCUUGCAAUGAACGAUAAAUUGCUUGUUGACGUUUUGAAGGAAGGUGGCUCGGAGCCAUGGCAUCUUGAAAUUGAUGUUGAUGAAUAUGUACAAAAUAAUGGUGGGGCGAACUACGGGUCACAGUUCAAGAGUUUGGGGAAGCUGGUAACCAAUAUAAAUAAGGAAAUAUUGGAUAAGAUCAACGGCGUUACAGCUUUGAUUUCUUCAAAUCCACCUUCAAGCUCCGAGAGAGUACCGAGAUAUGAUAAUCCCGGGAUAGAAGUUGAUGACCCUUUUAUGUCAUCACAACACCCGGGAUAUUUAGUUCCUCCAAUACCUGGUGCUGGAGGCAGUGACCUCUUUCCUGGGCCUGGGGCUGGAAUGUAUCCUUCCGGAAGGGGAGAUUUCGGAGGUGGAAGCAUGCUAGUGGGUCGGUAUAUCGUCCUAAUGAUCCGAGAUUUUUUGGAGGUGGGACCAGUGGAUUUGGAUUUCCUGGAAAUUCUCCGGGUGUACCGCCUGGGGCCCGCUUUGAUCCGUAUGGCCCGCCUGGCGUGCCAGGGUUUGAGCCAGGCAGAUUCACGAGGAGUUUCUCUCUCCUGCGAUUUUCUCCCCCAAAUUUACCCUAACUCUCGCCGCUUAAAUCUCGAUCGCUUCACCUCCUCCGGCGUCGGCGAGGCCGGGCCGACGGUCGCCGCGACUGCCUGGCUUGUCCCUGAUACCGGUCUCUCUCUUCUCUGGCUGUGUUUGGUGGAUUCGGCGGAUUGGCUCAAGACGGUUGGUGGGUGGGAUUCCCGUUCUUUCUCCCUCGAGUGGAGCCCGGUGGCUUGCAGGUUCCUGGGAGCGUCUCUGCCGAAGUCCUGGUGUGGGGAUAUCCUCCGAUGCGGUGGCGUUGGGAUGGCGGUGGUCAAUGGAUGGGGUGGGGCUCCGGUGGCCUGUGAUGGUGCUGCAGGAGUAGGGUAUGUGGCUGCGAGCUGCCCCUUUUCUUUGGCUCUGCUGCGGCUUGGUCGGAGUCCGACGCCCCCGAGUAGCCUAGUGGUGGCAGGUGCGCUUGGGGUGUGCCGGUUAGGGGUGGCUCAACUGCCUGUACCCUCGGUUGGCGGCAGAUCGCCUCGUGGUUUGGUUCGGGGGCGGGAGUUCGGUUUCUGUAUAGGCUUAAUUGCAGUUUCGGGAGUUGUUCCUUGGCUAGGGGCCGAGCUGUGA